AUGCUUUUUGGCGCCAUUCUGACAGUCUAUGUGGAAUGCAAUCGUGUCCAAUCAGCCAAGGACCUGUUGGAUCCAACGACACGGCUGAACGAGGUCACUAUGGAGAUGAAGGAAAAGCUACCCAUCCGUGCGGGAACCGCUGUUCAGGCAACGCAGGUCACUGCAAACAGUCGCGGGUCGGGCGAUGUCAUCGAGGUCGUCAGGAACAUGUCGGUCACAAUGCGCAUUGGCUACUACGUUGUGCACAAGCCAGUCAAUGGCAGCCUCGUCUACAGCACAGCGCGCUGCUUAAACGGCUUUGAGGGAGGCGGUGUUACCUUCGCCAGAAGCAAGACACACUGCGUACAUGUGCAGACGCCAGCAGACACGGACCUGGGCUCUAGCACACCCAUCUACCUGACCACUCCAGCAGCCAACGUCAGUGGCACUCCACCCGACACAAAUGAUGGCGGGUCCUUCUACGUCCCGCUGUUCAGUCAGACCACAGCCAGCCUUGGGUGUGCCAAGCUGCUUCCGCUCAUGAAUACGCAGCUGGUCAACGGCGAAGCACCAAGCGGGCAGAAGGUGAUCGGCUACGAGUUUGGCACGGACGGUGUUGGGAUUGUGGGAGCAGCGCACAGCAGCGAUGACACGCUCAUUGCGCCCUACUUCAAGAAGGUCACCCUCACCUUGCCCAAGGGUAACUACAGCCCGACAGAUAUCACAUCCAUUCUCAAUCGCCAACUCAGCAAGGCGAAUCCUGUUGUCGUGGAGGACCCGGAGCAACCAGGCACCACCAGCCACCACCUCACAUACCCAUAUCACACGAGCCUCCGCACCGUGUACCGAGGCACGAUGCAGUGCUUCACAGAUGAGAUUCCGGCCUCUGUCUCUUCUGUCUAUGGGAUUUCCAGGGACCCAAACAAUGCAGAGGGCAAACCUUUACCAAUCAAGCAUUGGUAUCUUGAGGACACCUUCUCAGCAGGAGGUACACCGUACCCGUACAGCGAUUAUGGUGCCAAGUUUAUUCAGAAGCCCGUUCGACUGGACAAGGACCACAGCUACUUCAUCCCUUGCAUCCUCGGCGGACUAACGCCCGCUUUCUCCUUCGACACGAACAACAGCCGGUUCACCCUCACGGGACUGCACCAGUCCUUUUCCGAGUCGGACUUUGAGGAGAUUGCAUACCCAGACUCCCAGGUGAUAGAGUCAAACGGGGUGGAGAAGACAAACAGAAUCAGCAUUGCUGCACAGGCAGCGCUCGGCGUGGACUACACGCGCGCCAAUGGCGCCUUUGAGAAGCAGGACUACGCCAAGCCAACCCAGGCCGAUGGCACAGAUGCCAUGUGCGUUGUUGGCAUGGUAGACCCGAGCAUGCCAAAGGCAGGUGCCAUCACCCACUGGAAUGGCUGCUUCAUCCUCAGCUGGUAUGAGAACGAGGAGGAACUCGAGUUCUGGAACGUGCUCGGAUUCAGCAACAGCGACGUGGUGGGGAAAGGCCCGCAGCCAAGUUCACACGCCCCUAUCGAUGGCACCUACCACUACUACACAGCAAAGGACCUGUUUGAUCAGUGCAAGCAGGCGCGAACAGACGAACGCAUCGACGAUGCGCUCUUUGCUGGCAGAUACCCCAACACGCUUGGCAAUACCAUCUAUGAGCCGCCAUUCCAGCAGACGUUCUCGCUGCAACGGGCAUUGAGCGAUACGCAUAACACUGCACCCUCGGGUACAAACCCACCAAUUCCCAUGUACCGCGGCGACCCUGACGAUGACCCUUCCAAUUGGUCCACCAUCACCCUCCAGUCCUACGAGCACUUGUUCAACAUGCUUGUGAGCAGCUACUACUGGUGGUUCGCGCCGCCUUUUUUCAAAAAGCAGGGCAGCGCGGAAAAGUUUGAUCCUAUGGCAGCCAACGUACCGAGCGCCACGAACACGCGCUUUGUUGUGAGCACAAAGCAUGAGCCUAUUCGCGCAUCCAGCCUUCCUCGCAAGCUGCAGUUCCCAGACAUGCUACUUGUCUCGGAUUUGCCCAUCUACCCAUCGCAGCGCCACUUUCUCAGCUCUGGGCAGCCAUGCAACGUUCUGGCAACCCUGAGCAAGACCUAUGACACAGGUGAUUACUUCACCAGCAACUCCCCUGGACCGCAGUUUACCAUCAACGAGGAAACAUCCAUGCACACGCAACUGACAUGGUUUGAUGCUGAGCACAUCCAGGCAGCAGAGCUCUUGGAAAAGCUGCAGGAAGAGCGGGGCGGUCAGCUCGAACUGGAAUGGCGCAGUUCUGGCGCCAGAGAAUGUACUGUCACAGUGCAUCUUCGACGUGGAGACGCAGUGCCAAAGCUGCAUCGCAGCGAGCUCCGUGGCAGUGCAACGGGAAUUCAGGGCUGCGUUGAAGUCAAGUGGAACAACCAGACAUACUACUGCGGGCGUGGCACAACGACCACGCUCACGGACAGGGACGACGUUGUGUUUCAGUUUGCUUCCCUACCAAUCCACGACAUUGCACACAAUGCCAUGUCUGCUGUUGUUCUCAUUGCUCAGAACAUGGAGGUGGAGGUGUGUGUGUAUGACUUUGAGCGACAUGCUCCUGAGUCUUUUGUGCUUGCACGUCGUUGCCUUUGCGUGGCUGCCCUCUUCCGUACACCGCGUCGGUUCAUGGGGGAUGCUGUGCAUCCACUUGACAACGACGACGAGUGGACAGAUGAUGAUGAUGAUGAUGAUGAUGAUGAUGACAUGCAGAUCACUCGCCAAUCCAGCAUAGUCGAUUCAUGA